UGGCGCCAACCAUUCACAAAGUUCCACCACAAGCGCGUAACUCCACCGCCGCCUCAGAUAACUAUAAAAACGAAUCCGAUUCCCUCAAAAUGGAAAAAGGAAGCUCCAAAGUUCCCAAUUUUCGAUAAGUCCAACUUCGCUUCCAUUUCUCGAUCAAUCGCAAAAUGUUGAGGCAAGCAACGAGCAGGGUUAUCGGCUGGCGGCUGUCGCCGGCGGGACCGCCGCUGAGGUUGUACCACGAGAGGGUGGUGGACCACUACAACAACCCGCGGAACGUCGGAGCGUUCGAUAAAAACGAUUCCGGCGUCGGAACAGGACUAGUCGGAGCGCCGGCGUGCGGCGACGUGAUGAAAUUGCAGAUUAAGGUCGAUGAGGAGAGCGGGAAAAUCGUCGAUGCUUGUUUUAAGACCUUCGGCUGCGGCUCCGCCAUCGCCUCCUCCUCUGUCGCCACGGAAUGGGUGAAAGGUAGACCAGUGGAAGAAGUCCUGUCGAUCAAGAAUACGGAAAUCGCGAAACAUCUUUCUCUGCCUCCGGUGAAACUCCACUGCAGCAUGCUUGCGGAGGAUGCAAUCAAGGCGGCCGUGAAAGAUUACGAGGCAAAGCAUUCAAAAUCAAGUGGGGCUACCCCUCUCGAGAUGCCUCUUUCUGGUUGAGGAUAUGCUCAGAUACUAUCAACUAUAUGGCUUACAAAAUAAUGGUUGUAGCUAUUUACAACCUACAAACAGAUACGCCUCUGAUGUAAUACGAUAUGUAUUCAAUGUACAGUGGGUUUGGCAAUAUAUGCGCGUAUUGUAUUAAAAUCUCAAA